UUCAUUCUCACACUCAACCGUCUCUUCUUUCCCUUCAUUCUCUUUGUUUUUUUUUCCUUUGAUCUGAUUCCUCUACUAGAUCUAGUUCCAAUAUCACCCACCAAGAAAAAAAGAAAGAAGAAUAUAACUUUACUUUAAGAAUUUUGAAGAAUAAAAUCAAAAGAGAGCAUAACCAUGGUUUUCUCCUCCAUCCAAGCUUAUCUUGAUUCAUCCAACUGGCAACAAGCUCCUCCGAGCAACUAUAAUCAGGGCGGCGCAGGAGCCUCAGCAACCGGGGGUCAUGGUCUUCGUCCUCAGAUGCAGCCACAACCGCAGCAGCCGCAGUCUAAUGGUAGCGGAGGCAGCGGCUCAAUCCGACCAGGAUCGAUGGUGGACAGAGCAAGACAAGCAAACGUAGCCAUGCCCGAAGCGGCACUAAAAUGUCCAAGAUGCGAAUCCACCAACACUAAGUUCUGCUACUUCAACAACUACAGCCUCACUCAGCCACGCCACUUCUGCAAAACCUGCCGGAGAUACUGGACACGUGGCGGUGCCUUACGCAACGUCCCCGUCGGUGGUGGCUGCCGGAGAAACAGGCGUACUAAAAGCAGCAGCAACAACAAUAGCAGCACCGCCACUAGCAACAACACGAGCUUCUCCUCCGCUGCCUCGGGGAAUGCAUCCACAAUCAGCGCGAUUCUCUCCUCGAACUAUGGAGGAACCCAUGAGAAUAUCUUGAGUCAGAUUUUGUCUCCAGGUAGGCUAAUGAAUGCUAAUUAUAAUCAUCAUCUAGGUGAUCUCACAGAUAAUACAAAAACAGACAACAACAUGAGCUUGUUGAACUAUGGAGGAUUGAGUCAAGACUUGAGAUCAGUCCACAUGGGAACUUCUGGUGGCUCUCUUAUGAGCUGUGUUGAUGAGUGGAGAACGGCGUCGCAUCAUCAGCAGCCGCAGAUUUUGGGAGGUGGAAACUUGGAGGACUCUAAUCCUAAUCCAUCUUCAAAUGGAUUUUACCCUUUUGAGUCGCCUAGGAUUACUUCUGCGUCGAUCUCAUCUGCUUUGGCGUCGCAGUUUUCUUCAGUCAAAGUUGAAGAUAAUAAUCCUUACAAAUGGGUUAAUGUCAAUGGUAAUUGCUCUUCCUGGACUGAUCUCUCUACUUUCGGCUCUUCUCGUUGAGUUCAACAAAAAAAUGGAACUAGAGGGUACUUAGUGAUGAAAAACCCUAGUUACAAACUAUUAGUUUAGUUUUAUCUUGUUCUACGUUUUCUUUGUUUAGUUUUGUUUACGACUUCCCUUGUUUUCGGCCUAUGGUUAUAGGUACGUAGCUUCAGUUAUUGGUUGUGUCUGAGACUGUUCCUUUGUUGUAUCAACACUUCCUUUGUUAUAUUUUGAGUUUGAUUACUACUAUAUCGAAUGGUCUUAAUGUC